AUGAAACGGACGUCGAGUACAUGCGGUCUCCGACACUUUUUAUUGUAAGUUUCUCUUUAACUCUAUCAUUUUUUCACAGCUCAUAUGCAGAAUGGCCUUCUGGUUCGCGACGACUCUGACUGCGGGAGUCAUGUACAGAAUGGUUGUGGUUGCCAUUUACUUUGAGUUUCCAUUCAUUAUUAUUCUGUGUCAAUCAGUGAUUUCCCUCAUUCUGUUCCAAAUCGGAAAACUGUUGUUCCCUGAUUUUUGCAAGGCCUGGAGCACUUCCAUUGACUGGAAAGCCUUCCCCGUUUCCCUCCUUCUCACAAUCACUCUCAUCCUGGACUUUCAUGCUUUUUACCAGGUAAGUCCUCCUCAAAUCCUUGUCAUUUCCACUUCGAAUGCCAGGAAACAACAGCUUCCAAUCUGAUCGAGUACCUGGCUGCUCCUCUUCUGGUAGUCCUGUCUUCAGGACGCACUAAACCCGGGAAAAGGUUGCCGGCGAUGAUGUCGGUGCUGUCCGUGUUCUUCACUUACGCCACGAGUGAGUCCGUCCCUGUUCCCUUCCGAUUGCAAGUCUAUUUCAGUUAAUGUCACUGAUCUCUCCUCAAAUGGAAUACUUUUCGGAGUCUCCCUUCUUUUUUCCAACGUGACCUUCCUCAUCACUCUUCGCAAAUAUCUCGCCAAGUUCGUCGUUCUCUUCCCUUUUCACUUCAAUUCCCUUCUGUUUCAGCAGCUCUGUCUCCAGAUUCCUCUUCUCCCACUUUGCCUUUUCGUCUGUCAUUUUAUUCGUUUUCGAAGUUUUCAAAGUAUCUAGUCUGCCCUUCCACCGGUCUUCUGCCCGAAUCCGUUUAUUUUCAGCACGACAUCCACCGUCUCUUCCUCUACGUUCAUCUCUGGCAACUUCCGUACUUCUACUCCGUCCUCUUCUCUUUCGUCGUCUGCUCCUCUCUUUCUCUCCUCUCUCUCUGCCACGUCAUCACUCGCUUCGAGAUCUCCACAAUUGCUCUUACUCUCAACACCAAAAGUUCCUGGCAGUUUGUCAUCACCAAUUUCAUCUACCGUAACGUCGCCUUCAAAGCGUUCUAUGAUCUCAAUUCGUCGAUUGUUCUCUCUGCGUUCGCAGCUUUCACAGUGAACAUUGUCGCUUUCUGGAUAGAUUCCAAGAAUCGAUUCGGUCAACAUUUACUUGCUCGGAAUACUGAAUAA